ACGGAUUUCCUUACAAUCCCGUGUCGACGAAUUGAGUGAUUAUUAUACUCAGCAAGUUAAUUGUAAUUAUAAAAUACUUUGUGGGUGAUGAAAUACACAAACUAAAAAUAUAUUAUUUGUUAAAAAAAAACAAAUACUUUCUCGCGGGUUAUUUAAAAAUAAUUGAAUACGCAUUGACAAUACAAGUGUUCUAAGCCUACAGAGUUAUAAAAAUUAUCGACUUUAGGCGCAAACCCUCAAAUAUACGUGGCCAUGAGGGGUUUACAACUAUCUCGAACGCAAGAUGUCGCCUCGAUCGCCGCGGUCCACCCUGUCUUGGGGAUGCUUUCUAGUUGUCAACGAGUUGUUGUUAUCGAGAUUAUUCAGCUACACUAGUUACCAAGGGCUUAGAUUUAAAUAUUUGUGAAUCGAUUAUCUGGUUUUAUAAAUUUAAAUAUUAAAUUCUGUUAAAAGUUAUCGCUGAUAUGUUCAAUAAUUGUGAUAUACCGUGUUCAGUAUUGUUGUGAAUUUAAAAGCAUCGGGUAAGUGAGAAAGGGUGAGAGAGGAAAAGAGGAAAAUUCGUGAGAAAGAGUGAGAGCAAAAGAGAAAGAGAAAAUAAAAGGAAAGUGAUUUCAGGAAGUUAUUAUUAACUUUAUUGUUAAUGUCACAAAUUUUAUUUCAUCUUAUCUCAGUUAAUUUAUAAAACGUAAAUAUUUUAAAUUAUCUCUAUUAGAUUUAUCAAGUGGAAAGUAGGAAAAAGUAGAACAAGUCAAUGACACGAUACACGGGAGUGUCGGCCACCAUUUUGACUAUGCGAAGUGGUAAAGCUUAGGUGAAAAAAUAAAUUUUAUUGGCGAAUGAAAUUCGUUUACACGAUUGGUAUUAUAGCUUGCGAUUGGAAAGUUGAACAAAGCAUAGAGAGUGUAAUCAAGUAGAUGGAAAUGUAGAUAGUACAUUAAUUGAAUAAAACUUUAUUUGUGAAAAUGUGAGAUGAUGAGGAUGACGAGGAUUAAAUAACUUUGUCAUAGUGUGUUAAUAGUUUUAGAUAAUUAUUUUUAUUAAAUAAUUUUUUUCUGUAAAGUGAAGACUUAAUAAGUGAUAUAGUUUAUGAUUUUAUUUAAUGGAUAUUAUGUCAGAAUAUAAAACAUCAGUUUUAUCAAUGGAUCUCUGGCAUACUCGGAUUCAAAGAGGAAGUCCCAGGAUGUCAGGGCAUCUAAUGGUAGUCUCCAAGACUAUUGAAAAAAUCAAAGGAAAUGAAUAAGUAGUCGACAGUUGCGCCAGAAAAUUUAGUAGCGGUGGAUUUGUGUCGUUUCUGGCCUUGGAAAAUUCGUGAUCACCAAAACAGACUUGAAAAACGUAGCUCUUAAGCCAACAAUUUUUCUAAUCAACUCUUAUACAUUGCCAGCAAACAACAAAACAGAUGUCCUGACAGCGGGCCGUGGGCCACCAGGAUGCAGACAAACGACGACUAUGGCCGAAGAGAACGUCUUCUAUUGCAUCAGAAUCCAACCUCUCAGUACGGAAUAUCAUCAGUGUCAGGAAGUAAUAUCGGAAUUUCGGGAUCACAAAGUGUGUCGAAUAAUAAUACCGGUACUAGUAGCACCAAUAACGAUAUAUCUAACUAUCAAAAACAGCAGUAUCAGCAGUCAGAGUCAAGAGCCUCUCCAUCUACAACUACUUCUCAAGAAUGCUACCAGACGGCAUGCGAAACCAGCUCUGGAAGCAACGAGAGGGAUCAAUCAAACGAGCCAAAUAACUAUGGAGCCCAAAUCACAAUGGACAAAUACGAGAAACAGACCGAUAAACUGCAAUCACAGCAAUUCGAUGAUACAACAUCGUACGGUGACCAAUCUCGAUCGAUUUCGUCUUGCUGCGAGCGAUUCAGUAAAUCUCAAAACUCGGAAAAGUUCAAUCAAAGUUCUAUAUGUUCUGGAGGAAACCAGAAUCAUCAUCAAUACUCGAGACAGCAGCAAUCCACACCUCAGAAUAGUAUCACUCAAUUUACUCGAUACUCUGAGAUCAAUUCUGUUGCUAACGAUCAACGAUUACUAUUUCAAUCAACUGAUUGCUUUCAACGCGCUGAUCGUUUUCAAAGUGACAGCACUUUGGCAUCAACGCCAAAAACAUCAACUGUCGGAGAAUAUGCAAACUCAGGGAUUCUCGCAUUGUCCACUAGUAAACCAUUCUCGCCAGAAACAUUUCCCUCACCACCAUCACCAGCGCCUACGAAUGAUCGCUUCGUACCACCUCCACCGUUAUCUCCGAGCCCAAGUGAAAAAUACGCUUCUACCCACAGCUUGGCUAAUUAUCCUUCUGGUGAUCGGAUUUUACGCUCCGGGUCUCCAAACACCCGAGAUAGGUACGGAACUGCACCAGCAUCACCAAUACUCAAAAAUAGAUUUACAUCUGCUGAAAAACUGUUGGCAGUUAACAGCACAAGUAACACCAAUACAACUUACGAUGCCAAAGAUCAACAGCAACGAUAUACAUCUUCGACUGAACGUCUCCUGGUUACUGGAUCACCUGUACUAGGUGGCCUUCAGCGUGACUCGGUUAAUCUUUUUCCAGUAUCAAGUGCUAAUAACGAGUCCAAUAGAUAUCCAUUGUCUCCAGAACGAUUAGUCACAUCUUCACCAAUGCAUGCACCCGUGCCAGAAAGAUUUGCCAGCAAAGUUAAAGAUCGGUUUAUUUUAGAAUCACCAAACCAUGAACGCUAUCAGCGGCAAGAAUCGUCGGGCAUCCAUCAUGAAAGAUUUUCAACAAUUUCAAAUUGUGAGAGGUAUAUCUCGAAUUCCCAAAAUCCAGAAAGCGCACAUAAUCGUUAUUCAUCGACAGAACGAGCCUUGGUUAGUACAUCUACAUCAGAGACACUCCAGUCACGUUGUUUUACUUCAUCUGAACAAUAUCCUAAAUAUUCGGAUCGAAAUGAUCGAUGCACCAGCUCAAACUCACCUGCACCAACAGAGUAUUCAUGUAGAUAUUCCGCCUUUCAAGAUACAUCUGGACAAGCUAGAUACUCAACAGAUCGCUUCAAUGAUCUUACACUUCAGCGCUACAGUCAAUCAAGAACCAAUGAUAGAUUUAAUGAACGUUAUCUUACCAGUUUGUCACCUACUCAUGAUGGAAGAAUCAAUUCGGAAUCAAAUCGUUAUGCUAGCACUUCUUCGACGGAACGGCUCCUUGUUUCAUCUUCACCGUCGUCAUCUGAAAAUAGCCGAUAUCAAAACUUGUAUACAACGUCAGGACAAAUGUCUAACGACCGCUUUGUUCAGCAAUCACCAACUUUGGAAAAUAAUAGUACAAUCCGUAGUUACCAAAAUCAAACAUCAACAAAAAGUGACAAGUUCAUUCAAGUUUCAAAAUCAGUAUCUAGUUAUGAUCGUUAUCAGCUUACUAACCCAGAUAAAUAUGAUCACACAAAUCAAGAACGAAUAUACGGAUUCGAAAAAUAUAGUAGCUCAACAAUUGGGAACGAUCGAUAUCAAGGGAGCGAGCAACGUUAUCAUGGGAAUUCUGAAAAUUAUUCUCCUGCUCGCGUAGUUGGAGAUAAAUACUUAUCACUGCCAAAGCCGAAGGAUACUUAUCCAACAGGCAGAAUCAUUUCAUCGUGUUCAUCUGUAGUUACUGGUAAUGAAGCUAGGGGUUUCGGGAAUUCUUCAGGUGUCAGUAGUUAUGUACCACCAAAUGCCCAUACUCCAGUGGAGAGAUAUGUUCCUCAACCACCUCCAGAAGUACUCUUUCCGGAUAGAUAUGUUGACAGAUAUGGAUCAUCGGCAGCCCACACACCUACAGAUCGUUAUGUGCCGACUGCAGAUCCAGGUGACCCUUAUAUGAGGAGAGAUCUUGGAUUUCACCAUCAUUAUCGGCUACCACCACCUGGUUAUCCAUAUCAUCAAACACAUUUCCGAUUUCGUGGUUUUGCGUAUGCGUCUCCUGGCCGAUUAGGAGGUAGCCCUGGAUCAAGCAGCUCUAGCAGCUCCACAUCAGUGCAAAGGGAAUUCUCUACUUCACCUUCAUUAAGACCCAAAGUUCGUGCAUCUGCAAUAGAGUUUACAUCUAACAUAAGACCAAGUCAAUCAUGUUGUGGAGAUGGUGUUGGUGGGCAAAGAAAUUGUUGCCAAGUUAGGAGAUCUUUGCCUCCUGGUGCUUUAUCUUCCAUACCUUCUAAUCAGUCUGCGCACUCAUCUUGGCAACAAUCUCCAAAUUCAGGAACAACUGGUACAUCAACAAUAUCUUCUUCCGGUACUGAGGUUGAAAAUGUCCAGAGUAUCAGUAUGUAUCCUGUUGGUGGAAGUAGUGCUAUUGGAAGUUCAGAAAAUCCUACAUCAACAGUUCUGACAAUUGUACCAUCGGUGCCUUCAGCAAUAACCGCUUCAUCAAUUGGUACGUCGGAACUAGCCAUUACUAGGAGUGCCUCAGCGCCUGCUGGUCCUCGGCCCACUAUUCAACCAAGUACUUCAGUGAGCACAACUGCAACGUCAACAAAUCAACGCCCAAAACUUCGGAGAAACAUGAGUCGUACUGAAGCUAUUCGCAAUUAUAUAAAGAAGGAAACUGCUACAUUUUUUGGCGUGGAUGAGGAAACGGAAGCUCUUGAGAAGCAACGAUGGUUCGAUCGUCGCCGGCGCAUGGCUUCAAGAAAAUACGGUGCUCUGCAUCCAGAGCAUAAACCACCAGAUCCAGACAUUACAAGAGAUGUUCCCGAUUCGACAGAAGUACCAGAGGAUGUUGUUUUACGACGAUGGCAACAACCAGUUAGAAGAAAAGAUUCCGUUGUACGAAUGACAUUAUCAGGUCUUCAUUAUAUGGUUGAAACAUUAACAAAGCAGCGACCACAAGAAAAAUCUGAGUCUCGACCUGACUCUCGAAGUUUUCCACCAAGUGUGAUUUCAAUUUCGCAAACUGAUGCUGGCGAUGCUGAAAGCAUUAGCAAAGGAGACAAUAUCGUCGAUGAUGAAGAAGAGGCAUUUUUUCAAAAAUUUACACCACCUUCAACAGGGACAACACAUCAACAAACACAAGGUCCGAUAGAUCAAACCGGAGUAUCUAACAUUAAAGCUGAUGCGAUGACAUCUUCAAACAAUAAACAUAUGGAUGACACUGAACGUGCCUCAGACCGCUCGGAUGUAGUGGAUGAGCUUGUUAGAUUUGCAUCUCAAAAAGAAGAGAGGACAGUAUUAGAUGGAGCACCAACACAGAUUAGACGACUACCAGUAGAACCGACAAGAGAUCAUUAUACUUCAAGAACGACGAGUUGGCGCAAGUCACGAAAUGAUGCAAGAACGAGCCACCAAGAAUCAACAACACUCGGUCAACAUCAGGAUGACGACCUUGUUCUCAGAAGAGAAACAACAAUAGGAAGAACCAGAAUAUCACCCAAUACUAUUGAUCGUGUUUUUGAUAAUAGUAAUCGACGUCAAUAUGGAAUGGGUAUUGUCGGUAGAUUUUUUGGAUCAUUUCGUAAAAGUGUUGCUCAUAAACCUCAAGUGAAGAAGCAAUUAGAUGAUAUUGAAGAUCAUAGGCCUUACUUCACUUACUGGAUAACAACCGUUCAAGUUCUUGUACUCAUUAUUUCACUGGCGUGUUAUGGAUUUGGACCUAUUGGUAUUGAUUUACAUCAUCGAUCGGGUCUUGUUCUCGUAACAAGUCUGUCAUUGCAACAAGUAGAUUAUCAAGAGCCAGCAAACUUUUGGAUCGGUCCAAGAGCAGCUGACCUCAUUCACUUGGGUGCUAAGUUUGCACCUUGCAUGAGACGCGAUAUGAAAAUUCUUAAGGAAAUCGAUGUAUGGCGGGAACGAGAAAGAGACACAGCUUGUUGCAUCAGGAAUGAUGACUCAGGUUGCGUACAAUCAAGUAAAGCAGACUGUUCAAUCCGGGGAGUGAGGUCAACUUUGACGGUAAUCGAUAAUACAAUAUCAACAUGGAAAAAAUGGGGUCCUGGUGACAAUGGACCGGGUGGACGAAUAAGUGGAUCCGUGUGUGGUUUAGAUCCGAAAUUUUGUGAUGCUCCAGCCAGCAUAGCACCCUAUGAAUGGCCAGAUGAUAUCACCAAGUGGCCGAUUUGUCGUAAAACGAAUCCCUUCAGUCAACGAUUUCGAAGUAACAAUGGUCAUACUCAGGGAAACAACAACUUUCCGGUUGGCCGCUAUAAAGACAAAAUGGCUGAACAUAUGGUAUGCGAAGUUAUUGGACAUCCCUGUUGCAUAGGUAUCCAUGGAAUGUGUCGGAUCACAACAAAAGAAUAUUGUGAUUUCGUACAUGGAUAUUUUCAUGAAGAGGCAUCUCUUUGUUCACAAGUUGAAUGUCUCCAUGAUGUCUGUGGAAUGAUACCAUUUUUGCAUCCUGAAUGGCCAGAUCAAUUUUAUCGAUUAUUUACCACAACAUUCCUUCAUGCAGGAAUUCUCCAUCUUGCUGUGACGUUAUUCGUUCAAUAUUAUCUGAUGAGGGAUCUUGAAAAACUAACAGGAUCUUUGAGAAUUGCUUUGAUAUAUUUUACGGGAGCUUUGGCUGGUAAUCUUGCAAGUGCAAUAUUCAUCCCUUAUAGAGCUGAGGUUGGUCCUGCUGGUGCACAUUUUGCUCUACUAGCAACACUAGUUGUCGAAGUUCUCAAUUGCUGGCCCAUCUUAAAACAUCCACGUCGAGCGCUCACAAAAUUGAUAUUUAUUCUCAUGGGAUUUUUAGUACUGGGAGUACUACCCUGGGUUGAUAAUUAUGCUCAUUUUUUUGGUUUUAUUUUUGGUUUUUUUGCAUCCUAUGCUCUCUUACCUUUUAUUUCUUUUGGUGAAUAUGACCGUCGGCGAAAGAUUAUUCUUAUUUGGAUAUGUCUUGUGCUGAUAUUGGGUUUAUUUGCUCUUCUUCUCGCUCUUUUUUAUAAUAUACCAGUGUAUGAAUGUGAAAUAUGCAAACUUUUCAAUUGUAUUCCAUUUACUCGUGAUUUUUGUGCAUCUCAAAAUAUAAAUUUCAUGAGAGAAGAACCUGUAUGACAUAUGGGGCCGCGGUUACCAGUCGAGCGCCGAGUACCGUUCGGCCCCCAAAAUAACGCUCGUCUAAACGCACAUAAUUAUCAUUUUUUUGUGGAUAUUUGUGAAAAAAAUGAUAAAAUAACUGUUGCGAUUUUAAUUACGGUUAUCUCAAUAUCCAUAUAAAUAUGAAUACAUGAGAUACUGCUGCAACAACAGUAUCCAAAACUGUACUUAAAAUCUUAUUAAGUCCAAUUAUUAUAAUCAUUAAAUUACAUUGUACAGAUAUUAUUAAUUAAACAAAGUAAAUAAUCACUCUCAACCUUUUCCACUACUGCCAUUAAAUAAUUCAGAAGAUUUAUGUAAGUGACUCGUUGAUACACGACAAAUGAAAAAUAAAUGCCUUAAAAUUGAUCGAUCGAAUCUAUGAGCGUUAAAGACUCGAGGAUCGAAUUAUUAUCUCGAGCGAUGUAAAUAUUAUAGUGCGAGGUGAAGCGAGUCAAUUGUAUUAAUUUCCUUUUAAUAAACAUCAUUAAGUAAUGCAUAGUGACCGCGAGUGCAUGACGUAUUAUUACAAUAACGAAAUUGUAAAUAAAAAAUAUAAAUUCUUAUUUGCUUAUCAGUUAAUUAAAACUCAAUAUAGAAUUAACCUGUGCAAUGAAAACUAAGUGUGAUCUCAGUGUCAAAAAUUAAAUUAAAUUAAAUAAAAUGAAUAGUAGAAACCGAUUUUUUUAAUUUAAAUCAUUAAGUAAAAAAAAAUUAUAAUUGAUAAGAUUAAUUUAUAAAAGUUCAAUGAUUUUGUUGACGUAUAAUAAGUUAUGGGAACAUUAAAUAAGUGGCAAUGUUGCAGUCACUGUUGAAAAUUAUUACUUUUUUUUUUAAUAAAAGUGGAAAAUUACAGUGCGUUAAAAAAAAACUUUCUAAUCGAUUUAAUUAAAUAAUUGUACAUAAUUAUAAUAUAAAUUAAAUUAACAAAUUCAAAAAGUAUUAUGGCCGCAGGCGAAUAUUAAAAAGUCUGUGUCUUCGAAAGUGACUUUAAAACGUUUAAUUCAACUAAUGUAACAAUUUGAAUGUGUAUUUUAUUAUUAAAAGAAUGUUGUCCAGACAAUGGUAAUAAAAAAUAAAUAAAUAAUUCCACAUAGUAUAACCAAACGAAAGUCAUUUAGGCUCACAUAUGUGUGCGCGCGCGUGUGUGUGUGUAUGUGUGUGUGUGUGUGUGUGGUAUGAAUGAAUUAUAUUAGAGACUGUAAUUAUAAACUGAUAUAAUUGUUUUAAUGGUCUAUUUAUCGUGAAUGAUUGGGUGCGUAAAUGAAAGAAUUAUUAGAAUGAACAUCGUUUGUAGAAACACACACAUGAAAUGAAAUGUGCCACGAAUGAAUUAUAUCAUUUAACAUUGAUAUAAUAACUGCGUGUAAUUUAUAAAUUAAUUCGUUGCCGUUGCGGCGUCAUUGCACCAAUCAUAUCUUUCACUUGUGACAUUGUUCAUUAAUUAUUAAUAUCUUUAUAAAUGAGACGGAGGAAAUACUACGAGUAUCUUUAUUUCUAUUUAUCUCUUUAUGUUUAUUUUUUUCAAAUAAAAUUAAAAUAUAAAGUUUUGAAAAUCACAAAUUGCACGACUCGAUGCACGAUGUGAUUUUAACUAAGUUUAUUUGAUUAAUUUACUAUAGAAGGCUUAUUGAAAUUAUUUUUUCCACAUGGAAAAGAAUGUUUUUUAGCUAAAAAACAUAUAAAGCGUACAAUAAUUACCCAUUUUGAAUUUCGCGCUCCUGGUGCGAUCCCUGGCGAAUCCGAAUUACGGUAAAUUACGGCAUUCGGUAGAAUUACGGUAUUUUACCACGGAUUACAAUAAUUUACGGUGAAAUACGGUAUUUUGCGGUAACUUUUGCUAUUUAGUAGUAAAUUGAGGUAUUUUGCGGUGCAUUACAGCAUUUUACGGCAAAGGUGCGGCAAUUUACCAUAAAUUUUUGGCAAACCUGCGGUAUUCGACCUUUAUUUGCCGAAAAUUAUCAUAAAUGCGGUAAAUUUACAUAGAAAAACGGCACUUUGUGAUAAAUUACGGUAAUUCACCAUAAUUCGGAUACGCUAGGGAUCACUAAAGUGCACAUAACACACUAAAUGUACAGUACAUGAUACCAUCACGUCAGUUACCCGGGAAAAAUCAUCAUGCUUGAUCAUGCGUUAAUCUUAUGCAUUAUCAUGCCUGAAUAUUGGCCAGCCAUGAACAUGUUUGAUCAUGCUUGAUCAGGCAUCAUUAUGAUUUCUCAUGCAUGAUCACGUAUGUUCAUGACUGGCCAAUAUUCAGGCAUGAUCUGGCCUGAGCAAACACAAUCUCUAAAAUUAUUAAAAAAAAAAAAUUAAAAAAUUAAUUCAAUUUUAAAUUAACUUAUUUUGUUUGCAUUAUUGUAUUGUUGAUGUUUACUGGCUGAAAAGUACUUUUGAUAUUUUAACCGUGACGGGUCUCGAACUCGCGACCGUCAUGUUAUGGAGCACAUCUACUGUUCACUAGGCUGACUUAUCUCAUUCAAUUUACGACGAUUUUUAUCAUCUUUUGAAAACAUAGGGAUUUAAAAAAUAAAAUAUUAUUUGAAUUCAAUCUUAAUUUGAUUAUUAAAUUUUUUUUUAAUAAUAC